AUGAAUAUGUUCUUAUAUGUGCUAAAUCCAACAUCCGAGUAUCUGGAUUACCACAAGUCCUUGCUGGAAGAGCCUCAUUUCUUAAAACAGCACGUACUAGACAAAACCGGAAAGCCAAUCGAUCCAAAGUUGUUUUACAAGCAAUAUAACCCGUACGAAAGCUGGUCAAUGAAGUUUGCUGCUCUCUCCUACAAAGAGAGGUCUUCAAUUGAAAACAUACACUUUCUCUCUGCUGUUCCUAAGAAAAAGGGGGCAAGUGAAAUGUCCUUGUUGCCUAAAAUCAUUGAAGAUUUCAAAAGGCUCAAAAACGGACUGGUGAUGUUCUCUGCCAAAGACAACAAAAACGUCUUAGUAGCAUCACCACUCCUUUGGAUUGAGGCAGAUACUUCAUGCCAUUCUGAACUAUGUGGUUUGUGCAUGCCACAAGUCUGUACUCAUGCUGCAAAUGUUAUACACACAGCAAGAACAAAAGCACACUAUCUUGCUGCUGCGUUUACCUCGGGACGUGGAUCGACUAUUUCAGAUACUCCUUUGACUGGAAAUGCUCUGACAGCAAGCAACCUAUGCUUCGCAAAUAGGGCAACAGAUGCAUUGUUGGAACUACAGUCAUUCAAUCCAUCGACAGAUACUCCAGUUGAAGUUUUGCAUAACAUACUUCUUGGAGUUGCUAAGUAUCUAGUCAAUGAUUUGGUAAAGGUUAUACUAAAGAAAAAUUCUAACCAAAUGGCUAGAUUGUCCAAAGCCCUCAAGGAUUAUGAAAACUCUCAAGGAAUAGCAGUAAGGUAUAAUUAUAAUAUAUACAUCAACAAAGUUGAAAAGGCAGUUACAAGACUUAUCCAAGAACUGCAUCAUUAUGUCAUUACCUGUGAAAUUGAAGGACAUAAUCCAUAUUCCUCAAAGCCCAAGGUUCACCUGCUCACACAUCUGCCCAACGAUCUACAAAGAUUUGGAACUGCUCUACAUUACAAGACCGAAAAAGGUGAGCAGUUUAACAAACACAUUCGUGAACAUCUAAUGUAUACCAAUAGGUUAAACAUCUCAAGAGAUGUAUGUCUCAAGCUCACCAAGCAAUCUGCAAUGAGACACAUCAUUGAUGAUGAUUCAUGGGUGAGCAAAGACAAAAUGAGAGAGAAGUAUAGUAAUUUCACAGCAGAAUUUCUUAAAGAAAACUUUAACGACAAUGUUAAGAAUAUUCUGUUUGGUGGAUCAAGAGAAUUUGCUGAUAAUAACGACACUGAUGACAUUACAACAAAAGCACUCUGUGACAAUACCUUUGUGGUGUUCAUGCUUAAGGAGAGUAGAGACCAACAUGCUCAUCCAUUUAUUGGAAAAGUCCCCUCUUUGAGAAUAGAAUACUAUUGA